AUGACAACCCCGGUCUAUAUGUUGCUUGCAUUCCUCGCAGCCGGCCUCGCACAGCUAACACAAGCUCGUGACAACUGCUAUGGUCCUAUCGUGGAAUUGAAAAUCUUUGCUAUGCCGAGCAACCCGCAAGCGGAGGUGGUCAAUUAUGGGGUCCUGGCAGGCGUCGGUUCCAAUCUCAGCCAGGCCAUUACCGGUCUGCGCCUUGUGGUCGCGGAGCCCCUCACCGCUUGCGGAGUGGUGGCGCCAGUGGCUGCAGGCUCGGCAAUGCUCGUCAUCCGCGGCAACUGCACCUUUACGGAAAAAGCGCGUGCAGUACAAGCCGCCGGCGCCGCUGCCAUGCUUCUGUACGACAACGAGCCUGGCUGCGUCACCAUGGCUUUCGAGGACACUGCCGUCACCGCCAUCUCCCCCUCGCUCGCCGUCGUCAGCAUACCCCAGGACACGGGCCUGACGUUGACGGGCAUGCUGGCGGAGGCGGCUGGCGGAGGCGGAGGCGGCGGCAGCGGCGGUGUGACGCUGUCGCUCCGUCGGAAGGAUGUGCCCUUGGUGGAUGGCGGCGCAGCGCUGCUGUGGCUGUUGGCGGUUGGUACGGUGGCGGAGGGAGCUGUGUGGAGCGGUCUGGACCACCUAGCGGCCGGAAGGGCGGUGGCGGCGGCGGCGGAGCAGGACCCCCUCCUCCCCGCGGCCUCCAAGUCGCCCCCCGGUACAGAGACCUCCCUUGACCUCACCCCCCGGGCCGCCCUGUGGUUCGUGGUGGUGGCCUCGGCCAUGUUGCUGCUGCUCUACUUCCUGCUUAACAGGGUGUUCUUUUUCGUGCUGCUGGGCCUUUUCUGCAUUGCUUCCGUACAAGCCCAGACGGUGCUGUACUCGGCGGGGCUGCAGGCCGGGCUGAAACUGAUCACCAAAUCCCGGAGAGGGGGGUCCACCGAGGCGAUGCCGCCGCUGGGGGGGGGUCCCAGCCCGCUGGUGACUGUGGUGGCGCUGACCGUGGCGGUGGCGGUGGCGGCGGUGUGGGCCGUACAGCGCAACACCGACUGGGCCUGGGUGCUACAAGACCUGCAGGGUGUGGCCCUGAUGCUGCUGGUGCUCAGGAGCCUCAGGGUACCCAGCAUAAAAGUGGCGGCGGUGCUGCUGCCGGCGUGCCUGCUGUACGAUGUGUUUUGGGUGUUCGUACAGCCCCUGCUGUUUGGCGGCGGCGAGAGCGUCAUGGUGGAGGUAGCGCAAGGCGGUAGCAGUGGAGAGUUCGUGCCCAUGCUACUGCGGGUGCCACACUUUGGCUUCAGCGGCCUAGGGGGUUACUCGCUCCUAGGGUUUGGUGACGUCAUCCUGCCGGGCAUGCUCGUCGCGUACACACGCCGGGUUGACCUGGACCUGAGACUCUCCGCCUUCAGCCUGCGCGGCCCUGCGUCGUACUUGUAUCGGUCGUACUUUCCGUACACCAUACUGUCGUACGGCGCGGGGUUGUGUUUGACCUACGCGGCGCUGGCGUACAGCUGGUUCGGCGACCAGGGCCAGCCGGCGUUGCUGUACUUGGUGCCGUGCACGCUGCUGACGGUGGUGGGGCUGGCGGCGGCGCGGCGGCAGCUGUCGAUGCUGUGGAACGGAGCGACCCAUGGGUCUGCGUUCCGACGAGUGGCGACGGACCACGAGUCGGAUCCCGGUGAUGCCGGACCGCCGUCACCACCAGUGGCGGUGACGUCGGCGGCGGCGGCGGCGCGGAGCGGCGCGGGAGCGGAGGAUGGCAUUGGCGAUGCGGAAGCGGGGUUUGGGAAGCCGGGCGGGGGCUGGCUCUUCAACGUCUACCUGACCGACAUUGCCCCGGGCAACCCCCUCGCCCGCCGGGUCUGCAUCGCCACGUGCACCACCGCCGACCAGCACAAGCAGCUGCUCGUGCCGCCGCCGCCAGCCGCCCGACUUCGCCCCGCCUCCGCUUCCCCCUCCUCCUCCGCCGCCACCGCCACCGCCACCGCCGCCGCCACGCACCCCUCGCGCAGCAACUCCACUGCGCCGCGGCCGUCGACGGCCUCGCCGCGGCCGCUGCGGCUGCUGCCCUCCACCCCCCUGAUUAGCCCCGCCGAGCUCCUCCCCUGGAUCAGUCGGCCCGAGCAACUGUUUGGACACUGGCUGAGACUCGAAGCCUUCGCUAUUGCCCCCGUGGCGGAUAAAGUGGUGGACGGCAUGAUUUACAUGGGCCAACUGGAUGAUAACAACAACAACAAUGGCGGCGGCAUGGCGCAGCCGCCGCAACCCAAGAUCAGCAACCUGCAUGUGGUGGAGAUUAGGCCGGCAGCAGCAGCGGCGGCGGCUCACGCCGCCGCCGCCGCCGCCGGCAGCAGCACCAUCGCCUUCGUCGUCCACAUUCACAUCCGCGGCGGCGGCGGCGACGACGACGACGACAAUGUUGGCGGCGGCGCUGGGACGUCAGGUGUCAGCCAGUCCCUUCGCGCCGUGACACCGCGUGAACUUGCCAGCCUCGCUUUGCAGUCUCCAGCCUUGUCGCGCAACAUGCCGUGUUGCGGUAGUAGCUGUGAUGCCCUUUAA